AUACGUUGAACUGUAAGCAAAGACUGAAUAUGUUCGCAGUACUAAUCAGUGUUGUUGUUAAUCAUUAUUAACGGUACAGGGUAAUGGAUUCUUCUUAAAAAUCAUCAUGAUGUUUUACAACAUACGCACCGCAAAACAGAAAUUAUCAUUUAUGGAUCGAGGGUAAACGCCAUGGCGAAUCAAACGGCUGAUUACCAUGAGGACAUUUAUCAAUGGAAUCAUACGGUAUCGGCGGACGAAGAAGAUACGAAGCCAGGAUAUUACCUACCCGAUUGGACCGAUCUUAUUCUAGCGGGAUUAUUCACGAUGCUGAUUAUAGUUACUAUAGUCGGCAAUACCCUAGUGAUCGCGGCUGUAAUUACCACGAGGAGAUUACGGUCCGUGACUAAUUGUUUUGUGUCCAGCUUGGCUGCUGCGGAUUUACUAGUCGGUCUAGCGGUGAUGCCGCCGGGUGUGCUGUUACAGCUUACAGGAGGAACUUGGGAAUUAGGCGAAAUACUGUGCGACUUUUGGGUCUCCCUCGACAUUCUACUCUGCACAGCCAGUAUUCUCUCGUUAUGCGCCAUAUCUAUAGACAGGUAUCUGGCUGUGACUCAACCGCUGAUAUAUAGUCGUCGACGUAGAAGCAAACGACUGGCCGGGUUGAUGAUCGUCGCGGUAUGGAUUAUGGCCGGCGCAAUAACGAGCCCGCCUUUACUGGGUUGUUUCCCACGUGCGACGAACCGCGACGCCAAAAAGUGCUCCUACAAUAUGGAUUCCUCUUAUGUGAUAUUCUCGGCGAUGGGCAGCUUCUUCCUGCCUAUGCUGGUGAUGCUGUACGUGUACGGCCGAAUUUCGUGCGUCAUAGCGAGCAGGCACAGAAAUCUGGAGAAGACCAACGAAGGGGAGAACAUCCGAUCGCGUCGUAAAAUCACAAUUGAUCGUGGCAGAAGCAUCAAGACACAACGUACGGAUUAUGCCGAGAGCGGUAUGACGUGCGGCAGGUCAUCCGAGGAUACCGAAUUAACAAAUAUGUGCAAAAAGUUGGGUACAAUUCGAGGUAAUCAGCAAAGCUGCAUCAACAGGGUCGCCAGGGAGACGAAAACUGCGGGCACCCUGGCGGUGGUUGUUGGUGGUUUCGUCGCAUGCUGGCUGCCGUUUUUCAUUCUGUAUCUGGUAACACCCUUCGUGCCCGUGCAGCCGCCGGAUGUUCUCAUGCCAGCCUUGACAUGGCUAGGAUGGAUUAAUUCGGCCAUCAACCCGUUUAUUUACGCUUUCUAUUCGGCGGACUUCAGACUUGCUUUCUGGCGACUAACAUGUAGGAAAUGUUCAAAGAGUAGACUGAACUUGGAUGGCACAAAUCGGAAAUUACCCGCCUCGGUUAACUGGAAGAAAGAUACGUCGAGGACGUGAAGUUCUCCGCCAGAGUUUCAAACUUAUUCAAUAAUGUGGCAUCCGGUAUUAGAAUGACUGUGGUUGACUCAAGUUUAUUCGCAAUUGAUAUCUGUUAAUGAAGCGUGACGUGUGUGAGAACUAUAUAUGUACGUUAUUAGUAUGGGUUUGUAAUCAAUCAAUAUCUCUUACGCAGGUUUAUAAAAUUUAAAUAUUUCACUAUGAUGCAUAUACGCACAAUAUACUUUCGAGUAUGUGUAGCUAUUUUUAGCUAGAUAUUGGCUUAAAUAGUCAUUUAUUACAACGUCCAAUAUAAUUGAACACUAUAGUUUCGUUAAAUGCUUAUAGAUUUCGGAAUUAUGCUCAAUUAAAUUUUAAAUUAAACUUUAAAAAGCUUUUUACAAGUUCUUGUAAUUUUUAAAAAUAAAUUUGAUCGAAAGA